AUAGCUUAGUAGUCCAAAUGAAAACCAAUUUUGAGGGUCUUAAGGAAAUUUAUAAUGACCCCCGAAUUUCUCGUGUUAUUCAAUACGGACAAUCUAUCUUGUUGAAGAUGUCUAACAAGACCAAUAUCGUUCCAAGUGAUGCUCACAGCAGCGUCAUCCCCGCCGCAGAUACCGAACGAGAGUCUCAGAGCUCUAGAAGUGAUCCCCGGCAAAAACACAAAGGGAAAGGAGCUAAGACCCGAUCAGCCGAAAAGUUUAGGACUAAGAAGAACGAAGAAACAUACAACCAAAGAAUGGAAUCCAACCGCGCUUUUUGGGACAGCUUCUCAUCCACAGUCGAUGGAGUGGAAACCGCGUUAAAAUCUUUGUCAGUCGGAGCAUCGUUUUUCAAGCCACCAUCUGAGAUAACAAUCGUUCAAUCUGGAAUCCGGCCACUUACCGAAGCAACAAUCAACUUCAUGGCAGACAUGAAGGUGACAACACAGGAGGGUAAUCCUGACCGAGUUGAUGACCAAAUCGUCCUAGAUCAUGUAACGCAGCUACAGGUGUACGCAAAGUGUGCACUUGCAAGGAGGCGUGGACCAUUUGAGCGUGACCUUGUCAAUACUAUCGUCUCUCAAUUGUCAGUAAGCCUAAAAUCGACAGCAGCCUACCUUCAGAACAUUGGGGUUUGCGAAGUAGCAGGGCAGCAGAUAUUCCCCACCCUGUCUACAAAUCCCGCCGUGCAGAAACCUCCUCCAGGAUGGACGGAGACGAAGAUCAGGACUGAUGAAGGAACACUAUUCGUCAACAUAGCAGGUAUUGACCUUCCACCGAACGUCAACUCAUUCCAGGACCUCAUCAAUUUACCACAGGCAAAUAGGCAGUUCUUCCAGGCUGGCCUAACCAACAUGAGUGAUACGAUCGUUGUGGUCCCGAUAGACCUGGAGAGAUUCACAAGACAUCAGCGUAUCAUCAUUCGAAGAACUAAUGUCUUUGUCAUCCGCCCAAGUGAUGACGAAUAUUACUCAUGUUGCAUACAUUUUAAAGGUAUCGCAAAUUAUCAGACAGCAAUAUGAGUACAGCUAUUU